CAUAGAAGUUGGCUGCUGUCCCUCUGCCCUCUGGCUCCUGACUAAUUUAGGCAAAAGGCUACUGAAGCUAUUUGCAGCCUGAGAAACAGGUGCUCCCCACACCCACCCCCGGUGCUUGGGGGGCCUCCUCCCCCAGGGCGGCCUCCAGGCUGCCCAAGCCUAUAAAGGGGUACAGCUGUGUCAAUGAGGCUAGGACUCCCUGGAUCAGCUCGCUGCAGGACACAACCAGCUGGGCUGCGGCCACCUCAGGACCGGUCCCCGGCAUGAAGCUCAUCGUGGGCAUCGGAGGUAUGACCAAUGGCGGGAAGAGCACCCUGACCAGCCGCCUCCACAGGGCGCUGCCCAACUGCUGCGUGAUCCACCAGGAUGACUUCUUCAAGCCCCAGGACCAAAUAGCAGUUGGGGAGGACGGCUUCAAACAGUGGGACGCGCUCGAGUCCCUGGACAUGGAGGCCAUGCUGGGCACAGUGCGCGCCUGGGUGAAGGACCCACGCAAGUUCGCGCGCGCUCACGGCGUCAGCCUCCAGCCCGGCGCCGCAGACACCCACAUCCUCCUCCUCGACGGUUUCCUACUCUACAGCUACAAGCCCCUGGUGGACAUGUACAGCCGUCGCUACUUCCUGACUGUCCCGUAUGAGGAAUGCAAGCGGAGGAGGAGUAACCGUAGCUACACGGUCCCCGACCCGCCCGGCCUCUUUGAUGGUCACGUGUGGCCCAUGUACCAGAAGUAUAGACGGGAGAUGGAGCAGGACGGGGUGGACGUGGUUUAUUUAGAUGGCACCAAGUGCCCCGAGGAACUCUUCCGAGAGGUUCUGGAGGACAUUCAGAACAGACUGCUGAACCAGUCCUAGCCAGAUGCUGCACCCCGGGUGCCACUCCGGACACCGUGGGGUGUGAGGAGCAGGCCGGGCUGCGCGCUGCGCACGACCCCCUCGGGGGACUGUACACGGGAGGGGCCCAACACUGCGCGGGGACACCCUGAGACUGUAGCACCUCCGUA